GCUGUGAGUGUUCUAUGAGUCAUUUAGGGAAUUCUCCUCUUCCCAUCGUGCCUUGGGCUACGGGCCUCGGCGUGAACCCGGAAGUUCCGGGAGCAGUUCCGGGUGCCAGCGAGUCUUCUGACUGGAGCUAUGGCUGCUCUCUGCCUCUUCGACGUGGAUGGGACCCUGACUGCCCCGCGGCAGAAAAUUACAAAAGAAAUGGAUGGCUUUCUACAAAAAUUGAGGCAGAAGACCAAAAUUGGAGUGGUAGGUGGGUCAGAUUUUGAGAAAGUGCAAGAGCAACUGGGAAGUGAUGUGGUUGAGAAAUACGAUUAUGUGUUUCCAGAGAAUGGCCUGGUAGCAUACAAAGAUGGGAAGCUUUUGUGUAAACAGAGUAUUCAAGGUCAUCUGGGGGAGGCAGUGAUCCAAGACCUGAUCAACUACUGUCUGAGCUACAUUGCAAAAAUUAAACUCCCUAAGAAAAGGGGAACUUUCAUUGAAUUCCGAAAUGGCAUGUUGAACGUGUCCCCUAUUGGGAGAAGCUGCAGCCAAGAAGAACGAAUUGAGUUCUACGAACUUGAUAAAAAAGAAAAUAUACGACAGAAAUUCGUCGAGGACCUGAGGAAGGAAUUUGCAGGGAAAGGCCUCACAUUCUCCAUAGGGGGCCAAAUCAGCUUUGACGUCUUUCCUGAUGGGUGGGACAAGCGGUAUUGCCUGAGACACCUAGAACAUGAUGGUUACAAGACCAUUUAUUUCUUUGGAGACAAGACUAUGCCGGGUGGCAAUGAUCAUGAGAUCUUCACAGACCCCAGAACUGUGGGCUACACAGUGACAGCACCCGAGGACACACGCAGGAUCUGUGAGGAGCUCUUCCCUUAACAGCAGAGGAGUGGGGCCCUGGCCAUCCAGACUGAAAGGUCACUCAGGGUCAGGGGCACUUAGGGCCAGAGCUGGAGUCCUCCUCACGUGCAUAUGGCCCUAGCCUGCACCAGGUGUUCUCAUGGUCCAAUCACAGGGACUAACAAUCAUCUCACGGGGCAUGCCAAUAGGCUGUGCCUCCACCUCCCUAGCACCACCAGCAGCCCCAAGGGAGUGGAAAGAACACAAUCAGGAAUGGCUGUGGCGGGUGUGGUGGCUCAUGCCUGGAAUCUGUACCCAGGAAGCUCGGAGGCCUGGCCCCUUACCCUUUGUGGAACUGAAGAUAUGAGUUUGGGGUUUUCUGGUGGUGGUGGGUCUAGAAGGGCUCUAUUUUGAGACAUGGUCUCACUAUUUGGCCCUGACUGCCUCAGAACCUGCAAUGUAGACCAGCCCGACCUAGAAUUCAGGGUCUUUGGCCUCUGCCUUACAAAUGCAGACUAAGUGCACCAACAUACCAGCCAAGGUUUCAUGGAAACCUGACAGCUGUCAGUAUCAUCCCACCAUCAAAAAGAGGGAUCUGAUGAUGGAAAAAAUACAAGGCAUCCAGUUACCCACCUGGGAAAGAACUGAAGACUUCCACAGUGCAUUCCCAGUCUGCGCUGAGGCUGGGGCAUGAACUAAAGCCAGUGUUCUGCCAGAGGGCUGAUGUUUCUGUCUUCAAGCCAGCUUCCUGUCUAUGAGCCACAGACCAUAGUUUGGCCUGCCUGACGGAUAGCGUCCAAGUGACCACUGAUGACAGUUUGCACCUCCCCUGGCCUUGCCAGCUCUAUUUGCUACAUUUCAGCAGGACUGCUCUCCUGUCAUCCAGCGAAGCCUGCAGGCCUCCUUACCCAGCUAACAGCCCAAUGGCCACAGCCACAGGAGCUGCGCUCCUUCAGCCUCUUCCUGGAGAGUGCCCAGGCCUCCUCCAGAACCUCAGGGAGAGUCUUCCAAGAACAUUUCCCAGGCCACUUUUCAGCGCCUAGUAAACGGUUCUGCAGCCCGGUUCCUUCUUGGGAGCCCCUGCUGCCCUUUCCUGCCUUCAGCCACCAUGUGCUCCCACUGCCCUGCCUUUGACUGCCCGCACUGGCGCCUGCUGCUGACCCCUUUACCUCUGUCCACCCCCAUGGGAGAGUGCCAGGACCUCCACCUCGUGGCAUCCUCCUUAGAUUUUAUGGUAGUGCUGUGACCACUUGCCCAGGGAAACACAUUAAAGGGACUGCAUCCUUCCUCACUUCUUGAUCUGGUCACUCUAACUCUGGUGUCCAGUGGCUUCUUCUCCAGUCCUCAGAGAACUAAACACCUUGAGUCCUGAAAGCUCUUCUGGUCCUCUGGUGAUGUGGAGCCUCUAGCUGUCCUGGCUGCUGUAGUUCCAGCUGGCCCAGAGGCUGUGAUCUACCCGCAGGUCCCAUGCUGCCCUCAGGUGGGGGACUCCAGGCUUUAUCAGUUCCUACAGUGGCUGUCACAGACCCCCAGUCUGCAUUCAGACUUCCCACCUAAUAAAGGGCCUCUGCUCUCCAGACAUCGCACUGCUGUAGAAUGAUAGUGGUUAAGUCACACGUGUGGCCUGGCUGGAGGAGCAGGGCCUGUAGUGUGGCGAGUGGCUGUCCAGGGACCAGCAGUUCUAGACAGCUGUAACUCAAGGCAAGCCCUGGCCUCAGUUUCUUAUCUGUCAGUUCAGUCCUACCAAGUGGGGAUAGCCAAGGACUUCAGGAAAGCAGGAAGUUAGGUAGACAGCAUCACAAGAGGCAGAGGCUGCACCUAAGCAUCCUAGGGCUGCUCAGAAAGAAUCACUUCUGCACAGGCUGCCUGUCCAGGACACCUCAGGAAAGCCUGAACUAACAAGUUUACCAGAAUACUUGGUUCUCAUGUAGGGGCGCUGCGUGGCCCUACAAGGUGUCCCCAACCAUGUCUGGAUGGGAAGAAAGGCACUGAGGGGCAGCUUGAAAUAUGUUCCUUCCUAGGCAGUGCAGCAAUGAAUCACUUCCUCUUUACCCCAGGCUAGGUACACGUACACAGCACACCGGUCAAUUUGGAGAAACCCAGGCUGAUUUAUUGUAGUCACCUCAUCUGUAGCCUCUCCCUGAACAGGCUUGCUGGGCAUUUCCCCAACCACUGGGAGAAUAACCCAUUCAUCAAAAUUCCUGUCCCUUGGUAAAACCACCUGGGCAGUCAUUACCCUAUCAGCGACCUGCUACUCCUCCUCCCCCACAAAGGCAGGUGGCCUUCCUGUUGCCCUUCUGAGCCACUGGACCUAUAUGAGGGACAACCCCAUCUCCAUCUCCAGUUCUCCACAAGGUCCCCGGGGAGCCGCAACACCCACUUUAGACAUCUACAGCAGGAACCCCAGGACCCUUCUCACAUUUACAUGGCAUUCAAAUGCCACCACAGAAAUGAGCCCCAUUCCAGACCUAGCUUCCUCUGUUGGCUAAUGAGGGGACACCCCCAUCCGUUAGAAACCUGCUGCAGAGAUGUCAUUUGCUUGGGAGGCGCCCUGACCUAGUGGGCCGCCUUCCAUGUUCACACAGGCACAAGCGUGCACACACAGCCUCUUGUCGCCUCAUUUUGUUGCACAAAACAAACUUUAUUGAGAAAGAGGUGGCUGAGGGGGUCAAACGUCUGUAUUUGGGAAUCUGUUCUUUCCUGCCUGGUCACUAGCACUGUGUCCUUCUGAUCUGUUGACACUCCUGUCUGAAGAGUCUUUUCUGAUACCAAUACCCUGCAGUUCCAGAACAGCCCAGAGGCUGAAGUGAUGUGGCCGUACAGAAAAAGCGCUUCACAAAGAGUUCUGUGGGGCAAAAGAAUCCAGAGGCCAUCCUGCCAGCAGAAGUGGCUGGCAGCUCAGUUGGUGGCAGGGCCCGCUAGCAGGCCAACCGUGGGCCACCGAAGCUGUAUUGAUGGCUAGGAACAAUGGGGUGACAGAGAAGGCUGUCCAGUCUCAGGGAGCCUUCCUGGGUCCUGGCAGAGUGGCUUUGGAAGUCUGUUCCUUGGCCAGCAGAGGCACCUCAAGAGAGGCUCUAGGCAGUCAGCCAAGCCUGGAGGGGACAAAGCCACCUUU